AUGAAAUUGUCAGACCAGAAGAAUCCGAUACGACAAUUCUACAGAGUCAACAUACAUGAGGAAAGAGCAGCUGCGUACAUCGUGAGAUUUAUUCCUUUUGGCCUUCUGCUGGUCACAGUAUGUUUCCUGGCGCUGGGAGUCUACAGGAGCUCUUCGCUGCUGCUUUGGAUCACUGCAACAUUGAAUGUUGCAAUGUGGCUAUGGAUCGUUUCUGUCGCUGUCACUUGCAUCCUUGGCGUGAGAGUCGCGCAGGACGAGAUCUCGAAAGCAGAUGGCCAGAUGUGUCCAGAGCCAACAUCUGACAAUCAGCCGGAGAAGCAGCCAGAGACGGAGCCGAAGGGCACGCCUGAGGGUGGGCGAUCACAAGACAAGGUUCGGCACAUCAUUGCCAUACCCAACUACAAGGAAGACAAGGAUAUCUUGCAGGUUACGCUGAACAGUUUAAUUGAGGCCCGCGGCUCGAAAGACUUCAUCGUUGUCCUGGCGAUGGAGGAUAGAGAAGGGCUGCAAGGAAGUCAGAAGGCCAAGGAACUCCAGGCAGCUUUCAAAGACCACUUUGCGGAGAUCAUCCUUUGCUUUCAUCCAGAAGGAAUCAAGGAGAUGCAUUUGGAUGGCAGUUGGGACCCGGAAGUGAAGGGAAAGGCGUCAAACGUCAAAUUUGCAGUGAAGAAGGUCUGCGAGGACAUCCAAGAAAGGUCAGAAUACGACGUUUUGACAAUCAUUGAUGCUGAUGUGAUUCUGCACCCAAUGUACUUCCAUCGCAUCAACGAGAGCUUUGCCAAACUGAAGGAUGAAGGAAACGAGGAGCAUACGUGCACAUUCUGGCAGGCGCCACAACUGCCAUGGAGGAAUCUGGACGAGAGUCCUGCUGUAUCACGGGUGUGGGGAUACAUCAGCUCCCUUUGGGAGUUUGGUGGUGUCAGCGGGCUUCUUUGUGGCGGACAUCACAUGGUUUUCAGUGGAUACAGCCUUCCCCUAAAUCUUGCUGAGCAAGCGCAAUGCUGGGACGGGGAUAUCAUUGCGGAGGACCACCACGCGUUCCUCAAAGCCUGGUUUUACUUUGUUUUCGAGUCACGAAAGAAGGAGGCAUCAUCCAAUGCUUUGGUAAGAGUCAGACCAGUGAUGCUUCCAGCCAAGUCAACAUCCGUCGUUUCCCCUGAUGGGUACUGGGCUACAUGGUAUGAGCGUUGGAAUCAGGCAAAACGGCACGCCCAAGGAGUUGCAGAGUUUUCAUUCGCCCUUCUUGCUGCGUGGGACAUGCUUUGCUCUCUCCCAGCAACCUCAGUGGGACCAGGCUUCCUCUGGCAGCUGUUCCGGGUGGUCUUGAAGCCUUUUAUGAUGCACAUUGUCGCCACGCUGCAGGCAGUAUCCCUUGCAGUACUUACCUGCUACUGGUUUGCCAGCGGCAGGCAAAUUCCUGGGUGUCCUGAGCAGCUUAUGCUGACUAGUACAGGAGACACACUUCUUUGUGGACUGGCCGGAGCUUGGGUGCUCACCUGGCCCAUUGUGAUUCCAUUCUGCUUCCUUUUGGUUGCCAACAUCUUGAUGAUCAGCAUCUGCUUCGUGAUGCCAAAUGCGGAGAAAGAGAAGCCCAAGGUUGCCUCAAUCUGGCACUCAGAAGACGGCGGCGUCAAGCCAUGGGAGAGCUGGAUGCUGGGACCUUUUCAAGGCUCCCAACACUUCAAAGUCCUUUGCAUUGUCGUAUUCGAAGUCCUGGUCUGCCUUGGACCCAUUAUGGCAGUUUAUGGAGUUGGCGUGGAGAUUCUUGCUUAUUGGAAUGUGAUGGUGCGCGGCAACCACUUCGAGUACAUCUCUGCACCGAAAGCCAGCAAGAUGGACUAUGGUUCCAUGGCCAUAGCCCAGGAGGCGAUAAGCAAAAAGGCCCACACGGGCGGCAAACAGCUCGCCAGCGAGGAGAAUGCAACAAGCCCUGAGAAGACGCCUGAGAUCCCUUAG